CAUCCCAAGAGACACGAGAUAGCUCCUGAGGGAAGAAGAUCCUCGGCAUAGCAGAAGCGCUGGAAUCGAUGCGAUAGGCCUGCCAAUGUCAUCUUGCCGCACUAUGGCCCAGUCCUGUCAGAUCUGAUAGGUGAUCUGAUGGGGAGGGGGCCGUCGCCCGAAAGUCCAAUCUCAUGAACCGGGCUAGAAUAUACCUUUCUGGACAAGGGCCUACACAUGAAGCCAUGGUUUACCCAAGGUCUCCAUUUCCGGUUGUAUAUAAUUUGAACAAGUUUCCCAGCUUGCAACCUUUCUCAUCAUCCUCAUCUUCAUUCAUUUCAAAUACACUUUCGCUAAAGUUCUGUGAACUAGACACAUUUUAUACAAUACACUCUUUACAGUUUGAACCGGCAGGUCCACAUUUCACAAUCCUUACUUUAUACUUCUUACCGAUCCAAUCAAUCAACAAAUCCUCUCACAAUGUAUUCCAACACUGUUCUCAUUGCCCUCCUUGCGGCUGUCGUUGAAGCUCGGUAUGCAUUUCCAAACUUACCACAAUUAGCCAUGAACAUUUUCUGAUUCCGAUAUAGUUUUGGUCAAGAACAAGGUAACGGAGCCAUCACUGCCAUUGGUGCCUUGGGCGAUUUGGGAUCUUCUGGCCAAGCAGCCACUCUUGCCGGAGGAUCAAUCCAAUUUUUGUUAGCAGCCGCAAACCCUUGUGCCAAGCUCACUCAAGCCGACAACAUCAUCACCACCCUCGGAAACAGCGAGAGAGCUGUUGCUGCCGCUCGUGGACUCGUUGCCGCUGAGCAGAACUUCAACCCAUUUGUUGUUUCCAUCCCUAACAUCUGCAACGACCCAACUCUUCCAAAGUCCACCGAACUCCGUGGUGUCCUUCCUUUGAUCGACCCUCUUGUUGGUGGACAAGAUGUUGCCAAUGCCCUGUCCGCAAAGUCCAUCACUACUCCAUUCGAAGCCACUGGGCUCAGUGUAGCUCAGGUCCUGGUUGCUCAGGGCUUCUCCAACUUCACUGCCGUUGCUGCCGAUGGCACUAAGGUCGCUGCAUCCACUCUUGGAUCUGGUGCCGCCGCUCCUGCCGCUCCAGUGGCUGAUGCCCCUGCAGCCGAUAACAGUGCUGCCCCAGCUACAACUCCAGUUGCUGAUCCAGUUGCCACGCCAGCUCCAAAUGUCGAUGCUUGUGGUCAAAAGAUCAUUCCUGUACCAACCACCAUGGUCACUAUGACCAAGCCAGUAAGUGUCUAUUGACUUUCCAUAGAAUAGUCGUGAAACUAACAUCAUCUCAGGCGGCCACUGCUACUCCAGCUGCUAACAACUCAUCUGACUCCAACGGUGGUGCUGAUGCUGGCGUUGCUGGAAAGGGAGCUGUUAAGGACGCCGUCGCUGGAAACUUCGACGGCUUUGUCAAGUCCACCAUUGCUGGUCUCGAUUUCGGUCUCUGUGUCCCAACCAUGAAGUUCGAGGCUGGACUUAACGGUCGUAAGGAAACCGAGAACACCUUCCAAGCCAUUGACCCUCUCGUCAACAAAGGUCAACAAGAGGCUCUUAACUUCAACAUCAUCACCAACCGUAUCAAGGAUCAGAUGGUCAACGUCUGUGGUGCCAACCAGGCCGCUAAGGACGCUGUCGCCGCUGCUAAGGAGAAGAUUUCUGCUCUCGGAAAGGAGGCGGCUACCGCUGAUGCAUGGAACACCGAGCUUGGAUUCGCUGGAACCAACAUCAACCCAGAUAACGCACCACAAGCUGGUUUGGUUGGACACGCUGCAUAAUUGCACUUUACCACCCAAAAAACUUCGACAUCUCUUUGACGAGACCUUUUUAGAACUAUGAAUUACGAUGAGGAAUGGAUGGGGUGAGGAGAUGUAUAUUGUAAAUUUUAAUCCUGAAGAACCAAUGAGAAAUUACAUUAUUGUCAUACGU